UGUUUUCAGGUUUUCCCAACAAUGUGGACCGCAUUCACCCAAACCCAUCUGACGUCUCUGAAAGAACGGAAAACCGAUUGUAUCUUCCUAAUUAACAAGAAAACGUUCGAAGCUCACAAAGAUAUUUUGGCAAAUAUCAGUCCAGUUUUCGAAAAAAUGUUUUUUGGAAAUUUGGCUUCGAAAAAAAUUCUAAUAGAAGACAUCCAGCCAGACGACUUUAAGCAAAUGCUCGACUAUAUUUAUCUUGAAACCAUCCAGUUCAAUUCCAUCGAGAACGCUUGGUCUAUAGUUUAUAUAGCCAAAAAAUAUUUACUUUAUGACUUACUACAUUUAUGCACUCUAUAUGUUUUGGAACAUCUAACUAUAGACACUCUGGUGCUAAGCUACGAAUACUCUGAGCUUUAUAACUUAAAAUAUUUGAGAGAAAAGUGCUUUUCUGACAUUAUUGAAGCAGUGAACAGUGUUUUAGUUGCCGAUUAUCACAUGAAAGCGACAACUCUUAAGGCUAUUCUAAGAUAUCCAAAGCUCCUUAUUACAAAUCUAGACCUACUUUGUAAAAUAAUUGAUUGGGCAAUUGAUGAGUGUCAUUAUGAAAACAUAAGUACUGAGCCAGAAUCUAUAGUGGACAUUUUAAAAGAACAUGACAUUUUAAGAUAUAUAAAUAGAUGUAGCUUAAUAUCGAACUGUGAAUAUUGCCUUCGACCAAUAAUCAUUUGUAAUUGUGUUGGAGAACUAGUCCAACAAACUGUCAAAUAUUUAAGUGACCAAGUAAUUAAUUGGGAAGAAGAAACUUCAGUAGAAAAUUUCAAGUUAUCUUGGCCAGAUAUUUGCAAAACCAGAUUUAAAUUUAAAAUAGCUAAAAGAAUUGACUUGAGAUGGCGGGACGAAUUUGUAUCAACGAUAACGGUAACAAAAAAAAUUAUCAUUUCAGGAUUGUUGCUUAGCUCAGAAAGCAGCAGGAUUUAUCCAAAAGCAACAUACGAUGGACAUAUCCGUGUUAAAUUUUGUGAUAGAAUCUCUGGUUCCAUCAUCGCAACACCAACUUUUUGGAACUAUAAUUCCGAAUACGAUUUUCAAGUUUACGUUCCACUGAGGUUUCCCGUUAGACUCGAUCCAGACAAAGUUUAUGAUAUUAAAUUGGCCUAUAGAAAUUUGAAUCUUGACAGAAAAGCUAGUGUCUUGAAAUUGUAUAUGAGUGACUAUUUGGAGGAUAAAAAAAGAGAUUUGGGUGUUUGGUUUCACGAAUACGAUGGAACUUUGAUUAGAGGAAUUUCGUAUUAUCCUGCUUGGUGAGAAUUUAUUGGAAGAAAUGUAUGUAAUAUUUUUUUUGAAUGAAGUAUUAAAAUGUGAUAAUUUAUUUAC